CUAGAACCCACUUGCUUUACGCGCCAAAAAGUUAUGAUCUUGUUAUUCUAGUGAAAGUGGUUGUGUUAUGUGUUUUUGUAGAUAGUUUCUUAUAUUUUAAAAGAAUUUUGUUCAUCAUGAAUGUGUCUAAAGAAGAAAUAGCAUCUUAUUUCCAAGAACUCAACAUCUCAGCUUCAAACGACGUUCUCAAUAAAUGCCUGGAGAUGUGCAUUGCUUACAAUAUUGGGGCUGAGGAUUUUUGUGAUCAAUGGUAUGCUUAUACUGCCUCGAACCUAAACGGGGCCCUCCCCACCGUUGAUCAUUUACAAAAAAUGGAGAGGAAAGAAUUUCAGAAUAACAGGGAACAAAGUUUUUCAAGACAGACUCUUUCCACACCGAAACAAAGUUCCUACAUUGUUUCAGACGACUCGUAUCCUUCUAAAACAGAUGCUAGUGCCUUGGUCAGUUCUUAUUCUACAACUCCGAAGAGCAACCAAAUUCAAACUCCUACCCGCGAGAGGAGAGUUCCUAAAACUCCUAUUGCUAAAGAUCUUUCUGAAAGUUACAGUAGCAAUAGUACUCCAUCAAUUUCAACAUCAGAAAAGUAUACUCAGCGUUCAGACUCUAGAUCAGUACAAUGUUUCUACGGGUCAACAACCGCUAAAUUCAAAAGAGAAUCUGAUUUAACUAUAUCUGUUAAGAAUUAUAAUGAUGACUAUUUGACCGCCGAUGUUAGAUAUAUGUAUGAAAUCAUGGGAAAAAAAGCUAAAAGUCUGAAUAACAUGACACAUACAUUAGGACACGAUAUAUUGAAGAACCAUGGGCUAGUUUUGUCAGAAGGUCUUUUGAAAACCCAUUUGGGCGAAAUGACUACUUAUGGAAGGAUAGUGUCUGACUCUGACGGUAAAAUAAAUGUUCAAUCAAUACUGCUCGAAGGUACUUACGAGACAAACUUGAAUCACGCCUCCACAUUGAAUAUUCAAAAAAUGACAAAAUAUUCUUUGUUUCCUGGUCAAGUCGCUGUAGUCCAAGGAAAUAAUGUCAAUUCAAAUACUUUCAUUGCCGAGAACAUUUUUACAGAUGCAGAACUGAAUUUGCCUGAAGAACCAGUGGUGUUGAAUGACUUGGCAUAUCUUAUCCAUGCUGAUGGAGAUAUAAAUACACCUUAUUAUAGUUGA